AUGGGAAAGCCUAAAGGAAUUCGUACAGCUCGAAAACUGAAAACUCAUCGUCAAGCUCAGCGAUGGAAUGAUAAAGGUUACAAGAAAGCUCACUUAGGAACGCGAUGGAAGGCUAAUCCUUUUGGUGCUGCAUCACAUGCCAAAGGGAUUGUUCUAGAAAAAGUUGGUGUGGAAGCUAAGCAACCUAAUUCAGCUAUUAGAAAAUGUGUGCGUGUACAACUAAUCAAAAAUGGCAAAAAAAUCACAGCAUUCGUUCCGAAUGAUGGUUGCUUGAAUUUUAUUGAAGAAAACGACGAGGUACUUGUUGCUGGUUUCGGUAGGAAAGGUCACGCUGUAGGCGACAUUCCAGGGGUACGAUUCAAGAUCGUCAAAGUAGCCAACACAUCUUUAAUUGCAUUAUUUAAGGGCAAAAAGGAGAGACCACUUGAGUGCCCUGUACAUCCAGGUGCACAUCUUGUGGAAGAUCAUCGUGCUGGUGAUUUGAUUUGUCCAGAAUGUGGUCUGGUUGUUGGAGAUAGGAUGGUUGAUGUAGGCACAGAAUGGCGUUCAUUCAGUAAUGAAAAAUCAAGUUCAGAUCCUUCGCGUGUUGGCGCACCAGAAAAUCCACUUCUUGGAAGCGCUGAUUUAUCAACAUCUAUUGCUGUCGGUUUUGGUGGCUCUGAAAGCGAUCACAGCCUUGCGAAUGCACAGAGGAAAAACAUGAACAACAUCGAUCGCCAAAUGUCGCAGGGCCUGAGUGUAAUUCGUGAAAUGAGUGCACGUAUCCAUCUUCCCAAAUCAAUUGAAGAUGGUGCAGCAAAAGUUUUUAAAGACGUUCUGGAUAGUAAAGCUUUAAGAGGCAAAAAUAAUGAGGCUCAAGCUGCAGCUUGUCUGUAUAUAGCAUGUCGAAAAGAAGGUGUUCCACGUACAUUUAAAGAAAUUUGUGCUGCGUCGCGUGUUUCAAAGAAGGAAAUAGGACGAUGUUUCAAGCUUAUAAUAAAAUCAUUAGAAACAAGUUUGGAGCAAAUUACUAGUGCAGAUUUCAUGUCUCGAUUUUGCGGCAAUUUGGGAUUAUCACAUAACAUUCAAGCUGCAGCUACACGAAUUGCGAAAAAAGCUGUUGAACUGGAUUUAGUUGCAGGCCGGAGUCCUAUAUCUAUAGCUGCAGCAGCUAUCUAUAUGGCAAGCCAGGCUUCAAAUGAUAAGAAAACGGCUAAAGAAAUUGGUGAAAUUGCGGGUGCAGCUGAAGUGACAGUAAAACAAACAUACAAACUUCUCUAUCCUCGAGCUCCAGAACUUUUUCCACCAGACUUUAAAUUUGCUACAUCGGUUGACUUACUUCCUCCUUCUUGA